UCGUGUCGGUAAACCCAGCAGCGAUAAAGUGUAUCAGGUGACAGUGAAAAUGUCGUGUGGUUACAGAAACAGAUGAAAUUAUAAGAAACUUAAACAGAUCACUUUUAAGAUGGCUGAUUGUUUAUGCCGCGAGGAAGAUGUUGAGAGGAUGGGUUUGGAUGAGCUCUGUGAUCAGAUGGAUAAGAUGGACGUGGACUAUUCCUCAUUGGAAGAUAUCAACGAAAGAUGCUCGCCAAAUCUUGACAGGAGAAAAUCACAAAUGGAUGAUUGUAUAUGCCGUCACGAAGAUGUUAAGAGAAUGGAUUUGGAUGAGUUGUGUGGUCAGCUGGAUAAAAUGGACGUGGACUAUUCCUCACUGGAAGAUAUCGAAGAAAUUCGGGAUCUUGUUCUAAAAUCCAUUAAAGACAGAAGCUCGCCAAAUCUUGACAGAAGAAAAUCACAAGUGUCCAGUGAGGUUAUGGGAGAAAUGCUAGAGCGAGAUGCCAGAAUGAGAAAGAUAGUGGCUGAUCUAUACACCUCUUUGUUGGACAUGCUCACAAUGCCAAACUUUGAGAAGAAUCUUGGUACUGAGAUGACUAAGGAAUAUAAUGGUUAUAUUAGUACUGUAAUGAAGUACAGAAGACAGCUAGAGAGACGCCAUUGUCCUAUUGUCGUAGCUGGUGAAACAGGGGCAGGGAAAUCGUCCCUGUUAAAUCUCAUUAUGGGAGAACAUGUGCUUCCGCGUCAGGUCGUAGGUUCUACCUUCACCAUUUGUCAAAUAUUCAACAGCGCCACCAAGCGAAUGGAAGUCAUAAAGACGAAUGGAGAGAGAACUUUUCUUAAAGAUGUCACAGAAGCUCAACUUUCCAAGUACAUCAAUGUAGACCGGUCCGGAGAAUCAGUGGAAAAAUACAAAGAAAUCGAUAUUUACUGGCCUCUUCCAAUGCUGCAGGAACACGCCACGAUUGUUGAAACACCUGGUAUUAGAGGAAAUGAAGAGAUGACUGAGGUUCUACUCAACUUUCUGACGGAGGCUGUAGCUUUUAUCUACGUCAUAAACAUGACCAAUACUGGAGGGGUUCAAGACGAUAGGCUCAUAAGAAUAUUUCAAAAACAGAAAAAAUUCGAAAAUAUUGGCCGCUUACAGCAAUUUGAUCCUGAGUGUGCAAUCUUUGUCUGUAACAAAUGGGACCAAGUUCCAAAAGAGGAAGAGCAGAGAGUAUGGGAAGACAUUUCGAGAAAACUGAAGACCCAUUGGCCAACCAGGCGUGACGUGGACAUUACAAAUCAGAUGUUUAAACUGUCCACGGCAGAGGAUCUGAGAAGAGCUGAAGCUGGAUUAGGCUACACAGAUAAGUUUAAGAGUCUACUUUCUGGUAUUGAUCGCCUGGUCGGUGCCAGUUUAGAGCGAAGAGUCAGGAGACAUGUAGAUUGGCUACAGAUUUUUCUGGAUAGACUUCUUGUGAAGGUUAUAGCCAGAAUAAAUGCAACAAGGCAGAAUCAAGAAGAGAUAGAAAUGAUGAAAAUGAAAGUGGAAAGGAGACUGAAGACAUUAAAAGAGGAAACAGCGGAUGUGAAAAAUAGAAUGGAAUUAGCUGCAAAGCUGAAAUGCAAGCAUAUUGCAGAACAAUUAACCGAACACCUUAACAAUCAGGAAACAAAGAAUCGGAUGUUUCAAUGGCAAAAGGAUGAUCUGCCAGAUGGCAGAGAUUUGGAUGUUAUAAAAUAUAAAUCAAAACAAAAAAUACAAGAUAAAUUCAACAAUGAAAUCGUCCAGUGGUGUCAAGAAAAUGACAUUGAGGGAACCUCCUCACACCUGUUUGAUUUGUUCAUCAAAGAGUGUAAAUUAAUCAAAGGAAACUACACAGAAAUAGACCAAAUCAUUCAAGGAAUUAAACCUCCAAUUGCUGAUGGGAACGUUCCUCAAGCAGCGGAGAACUCCUCUGAUUUUGAUGCAUCAAAAUCGAGUUCCAUAAUUCCACUACAAGAACGCAUUGCUGUUGCCGCUUUUGCCCCUAUAUGGCUGCCGUGCGUAAUUGGAGCUAGUGUUUUGGCACUUCCCGUGGCUAUCGGGAUGCAUGUCAAAAAUGUCGUAGAAGAAAAACAGAAAAUAAAGCAUUACAGAGAAAAUAAAUUAUCACACAUUUUAAAAUGGGCAGAAGAAGAAUUGAAAUAUUACAACACUGAACUAAUAUUUAACGGUUUAAAACAGACAUAUUUAAAAGAUUUCAUGUCCAGCAUAAAACUGGUCUGUAAGGAUAUUAUUCCCAAACAAAUUGAGGCUGAUGAAGAACUUAUAGAAAAUAUAGUGAAAGAAAGCCGAGAUUCACAGACUGUAAGACAGGAAUACACACCGGUUGAACAAAAAUGCAAAGAAAUAGUUGGAGAACUUCUUUGUUUUAAGUUGCAACACCUUCCAGAGUGCCAACCACGCAUUAUAAGAGAGUUAGUGCCUUUGGGAAGAGGGGCAUACUCUAGUGUUUUGUCAUGUGACGUAGAGAUCGGACAAAAACAGAUACAUUGCGCAGUGAAGAAAAUGACGUCACCAUUACAUUCAGAGAACAUUUACCUUCAUCUCACCGAGGCAGCAAAUCUUAGGGAAUUUCAACAUGAGAAUAUCGUUAAUUGCUUUGGGAUCGCCAUUGAAACGGAUCGGCAAGAAAGAAGGUAUCUGCAUAUUUUCAUGGAAAUGUGCGAUUGCUCACUGGAAGAGCUUGUUUUGUGUUACGGUCAUCCAAUGGAAAUCUGCGACUGUAACAAACUGCGAAGGAAAACAUGUCAUUUAUUCAAAGAAAAUGAGAGAAACAGUCAGGAUUUCCUCGAUGAGUGGGCAUUUUUUCUGAAGAUGUUGAAAGGCAUAUUGAACGGUCUGGUUUAUCUAUAUGACAAGGAUUUCGUUCACAGGAAUCUUAUAUUGUCAAACAUUUUGGUCAAGGAUAAUAUAGCUAAAAUUGCAGGCUUAGGCCUAUCUAAACCAGAAAAUCUCCUGACUGGAAUAAUCAUAGGAACCCCUGUUUCCAUGGCACCGGAAGUGUUCAAAGGACAGAUAUAUAAUACGUCAGCAGACAUUUUUAGUCUUGGUAUUAUGGUUUGGGAAAUGUGGUACGGCAGAAAGGUUUUUAGUGAGGAUUUAUAUCGUGACAUCAUAACGAAUUAUUGGUCUGUAAAGGAGAACGUUAUAGAAGGAGUACGACCCAGCCUCGACCAUAAGUAUCCACCACCACGAGAAAUACAGACAUUUAUAAGUGACUGCUGGGCCGCCAAGGCAAGCAAUAGGCCUACGGCACGGAAUCUUUUAUCUACACUCGGGCUCAUUGAGGACAGUACAUGUUAAUUCUGUAAAAAAAACCCAUAUAGAUGGAAAAAAAAUAUUCAUGUACAUGUA